AUGCAGGCCUGUGGGAGGAAUAAGGACGAGGAGGGGUGCGCCGAGAAGGGGGGUAAUACGUGUGAGAGUACCCUGAAGAGUGGCGUCGGUAGUAGUGGUGGGAAGCGCGAGGGGCAAGAGGCGACCGUUCACGUCUUUUCGACGUCGACGCAACCCCGUUGGCGCAGAAUAGCUGCUCAGUGCUCGUCGAACGGCGCUGUGUUGCGACGGGACCAUGCCGCCGCGCCCUGCACCACCGAUCAACCGAUCUCAGAGAGCGGGGUCGACAACAUGAACUCGAGCGGGGAAUCAGGCGGGACGAUGACCGAGGAGACAGGCUGCGGCCCGCCGGAAGAGGAAACAGGCUCGAACUUGCCAGUUUGGGAAGCCGCGGCCGCCUCAUUGACGCUUGGCUUCCUUGUCCUCGCCACGGUGUUGGGGAACGCGCUCGUGAUCCUGAGCGUGUUCACGUACAGGCCCCUACGAAUCGUUCAGAACUUCUUUAUCGUGUCUUUAGCUGUCGCGGAUCUCGCGGUCGCGAUCCUCGUGAUGCCGUUCAACGUCGCCUACCUCCUCCUCGGCAAGUGGAUAUUCGGCAUACACCUGUGCAAAUUAUGGCUGACCUGCGACGUGCUCUGCUGCACGGCCAGCAUAUUGAAUCUGUGCGCGAUCGCGCUCGACCGUUACUGGGCGAUCACCGACCCCAUCAAUUACGCCCAGAAACGUACCCUGAAGAGAGUUCUGGCCACGAUAGCCGGGGUUUGGAUCCUGUCGGGGGCGAUCAGCUCGCCCCCCCUCGCCGGUUGGAACGACUGGCCCGAGGAGUUGGAGCCAGGCACACCCUGCCAAUUGACCAGGAGGCAGGGAUACGUGAUCUACUCCUCGCUCGGCUCCUUCUUCAUCCCGUUGCUGUUGAUGAGCCUCGUCUAUCUCGAGAUAUAUCUGGCAACUAGGAGGCGGUUGAGGGAGCGCGCAAGGCAAAGCAGAAUAAACGCUGUCCAGUCGACCAGGCAUCGCGAGGCGGACGACGCCGAGGAGUCCGUGAGCUCGGAGACGAAUCAUAACGAGAGAUCGACCCCUCGGUCGCACGCGAAGCCGUCGUUGAUCGACGACGAGCCGACCGAGGUGACGAUAGGCGGCGGUGGAACCACGUCCUCGAGGCGGACGACGGGGAGCAGGGCACCGGCGACCACGACAACGGUUUACCAAUUCAUCGAGGAAAGGCAGAGGAUCUCGUUGUCGAAGGAGAGGCGAGCCGCGAGGACGCUGGGCGUGAUAAUGGGCGUGUUCGUCGUAUGCUGGUUACCCUUCUUUCUUAUGUACGUGAUCGUCCCGUUCUGCCCUGCUUGCUGCCCCUCCGAUCGAAUGGUCUACUUCAUCACGUGGCUCGGUUACGUGAACAGCGCCCUGAACCCGCUCAUCUACACGAUCUUCAACCUCGACUACAGGAGGGCAUUCAGGAGGUUGUUGCGCAUUCGUUGAACAGUUGGGCUGGCAACGCUUGUUUAUUGUAUUAUUGCGAAAUUGUGGGAAACGAGAUUUGCCGGCAACAGUUCCCCAGAAUACGCUCAUCGAGACAACGGGGGAGAUCCCUCGGCCCCGCUUGGGAUUGGCCGUCGAGGAAGACGAGAAAGAAGAUUGGAGUUCGGCUGAGUUUUUCCAG